UACAGGGUUUAGAUUACAGAAGUCAUGCGACUGUCUUCGUGUCUGUGAUGGGUCGUGGUAGAGUUUGUUCUCUUCUCCUUGCUUUUCUUCUCGUUGCUUUCGGUGCAGCCCAGCCGGAUGUCUGUAAAGAGCUGUGUUCAUGUUCUCUUGACGCUGUGCAUUGUUCUCAACUCGCCGUGUUUCCACCGAUUCGCACGUUUCCCGCGAACAUCUCUACGCUGACAAUUUCUUAUUCACCGAAGGCAGCGAUUCGUAUCGAGGAACUAGCCGAACUUCCUUAUCUAACAAGCUUGAAUUUGGUUUACAACAAGAUCACUAACGUAUCGAAAUUUGUUUCAUCGAAUCUACGCGUACUUAACUUAGACCACAACCAGAUCGAGAGUGUCGAACCUGGUGCAUUCGACUCACUGGAGAAUUUACUUGACUUGUCAUUGGCAAACAACAAACUAAAAUCCUUCCCUGUUUUCCGUAAACGCUCAUCGAUAACAAGACUUUUUGUAGGUGGCAAUAUAGGAAUAACAUCGCUGGAUAAACAAUCCCUUUAUAACUUACCUCGACUACAGUUGCUCUCUCUCAAAUCCUCUGGACUGACCAGUCUGCCAUACGCAAUUUUCCGACGAAACAAAGAGCUCCAAGCCCUGUUGCUGAGUCGUUCUGUUUCACUAACAACUAUCAACGAAUAUGCAUUCGACGGAUUGAAAACAUUGACAAAACUAGAUUUAUCCUACACAAGAGUGACGACCAUACCGAAUCAGGGACUGGAAUACCUUGAGAAGAUUUACUUAAAAGGAGUCCCUGACUUCUGGGUGCUUCCAGCUACCCUGUGGAAUAUAAGGGAGGUUCACUUAGACCAGUACAACUCCUUCCUUUGCUGCGCAUUCUACCUUCAGCGAGGAACACCUGAUUGCACUUAUUUGUCAGGACAGACAGGCGAUGUACCGACCUAUCUUCCUAUAACUGAUUUAGAAACAACUUCUUCCACUUCUACCAACGCUGCAACUUCACCUACUAGAUUCGGGACCCCACCUUCGGGUUUCGGAACACCACCGUCAGGUUUCGGAACACCGCCGUCGGGUUUUGGUACACCACCUGCGGGUUUCGGAACACCGCCGUCGGGUUUCGGUACACCGCCGUCGGGUUUCGGAACACCGCCGUCGGGUUUCGGAACACCGCCGUCGGGUUUCGGUACACCACCUGCGGGUUUCGGAACACCACCAUCAGGUUUCGGGACACCGCCGUCAGGUUUCGGAACACCACCAUCAGGUUUCGGGACACCGCCGUCAGGUUUCGGAACACCGCCGUCAGGUUUCGGAACACCAUCUUCAGGUUUCGGGACAGCGCCGUCAGGUUUCGGGACACCCCCGGGUGGAUACGGUAAUCGGUCUACGCCAUAUCGUCCUAUUAUCACACUUCCACCAGGAUUCCACAAUGUAACCAGCAAAGUACAUUCGACAAUACCACAUGAGAACAAAACUAACGCAAGCGCGUAUAGAUGCCCCGACACUCGGCCGCUUGUAAAAUGCUUCCCGAAACCCGACGCUUUUCACCCGUGUGAGGAUAUCAUGGGUGCCGCGUGGUUGACUACGUUUUCUUUUUUAGUCGGAGGGAUGGCUGUGGUAGCGAAUUUCGUAGUGGCCUUGGUCUUACUCGUGAGUGAGCGUCGACUGAACGUGACGCGGUUUUUGAUGUGUAACCUCGCCUUUGCGGACUUCUGCCUCGGCCUUUACUUGUUCAUUCUCACGUGUGUUUCCAUGGAUACGCACGGACUAUACCAUAACUACGUACGUCGGUGGCAGUACGGGGCGGGAUGUAAGCUAACAGGCUUUCUGGCUGUCUUUGCGACUGAACUGUCUGUCUACACGCUUGUACUUAUUACACUAGAGAGAUUCUAUGCAAUUGUUUACGCCAUGCAGUUAAACACGCGCCUGUCUAUGCGCAUGACAGUACGUGCGAUGGCCGCUGGGUGGGUCGCCGCGGUGUUGCUAGCCUCAUUACCGUUGAUGGGUGCCAGCAGUUAUUCCAAAGUAGCAAUAUGUCUGCCUUUUGACGUUUCAACAACCGGUUCCAUAGCCUACAUUGCAUUUCUUUUAUUCCUUAAUGGAGCCGCUUUUGCGUUUGUGCUGUACUUAUACAUGAGGAUGCUAAUGACGGUCAUAUCAGGAGGAGAUAUGGAGGGUGCCCCUAAACGGGACGACAGCAAAGUCGCCAAGCGUAUGGCGUUAUUAGUCCUCACUGACUUUGUUUGCUGGGCCCCAAUUGCAUUCUUCGGGAUCCUUGCAGCAUUUGGAACCCCACUCAUAGACGUGACAGCCUCAAAGACACUCCUGGUGUUUUUCUUCCCGAUCAACAGUCUAUGCAAUCCAUUCCUGUAUGCCUUUUUUACCAAAGCGUUCAAAAGAGAAUUGUUUGUGUUGCUUAGUCGCUGUGGUUUCUGCAGACGUCGUGCUUUGAAAUACUCUGGGACUUUGAGCUCUCUGAUGUACUCGCGGCGCAAAGCCUCAACUGCUAGUGAACGGUCCAAACGCGUUUCAACCGCCUCAAAUGACUUUAAAACCAGUAGCCUGAACAAUACGCCGACUGGAACCAAAAAGUUUAGUGUUGGUGCAUAUAACGGUGCCAUUGAAAUGGAAGAGAAAGGUUCCACGGGGACUCUAAAUAGGUCAGUGGAUAAAGACUUUGCAGACACGACACCCUCAAACGAACCAUACUCAGCGGACCUCUUCCUUCAGCAUGAUAAUGGUGUGUGUAAUCCUGGGUUCGAAAACGAACCAUCUGUUUCUAAUGGCGACCAAGUGUUCUUUCCUCCUUCCCCUAGUCAUUCCAAUCCAAAUUCUCCCAAGUCAGCGAUGAAGAAGAGCUCUGUUACUACUGGGCGUGGCGCCUCAGGCGAAGAUCUCGGAAACGAGGCCAAGGGAAAACAGAAUAAAAAACUGUCUGUCGUAUUCAAGGACUAGAAAAUACAAAAAAUAAUUUAUGAAAUAGUUAAAAAAAUAUUUCAAUAGAAAGUUAUGUUGUGUGGUGGCAGAUGUAUUGCUCCUGUGGCCUUUUUCGACGCAUGCGAAAAGUCAAAUACGCUGGUUCCAGAGCCUCGAACGUCUCUAUUUACUGGCCAGCCAGCUGUCGCAAGCUAAAUAGAGAGACGUUCGAGGCUCUGGAACCAGGGUAAAAGUCAUACUAAAUUUAAAGAAUAAAAGUAGAAAGUCGCAUACAGGUUUGUAAAUGUUGAUCAACGCGUUCAGUUAUCUGUUUUUCUUUAAAAUGUUGAGAAUUUGUUUAAGCUUGUCUGGAUUUAAAAAAAUUCGCCAAGCUCUUUGCUCCACGGCAGUGACACGAAUAGGAAGCGCCUAGGAAUUGCAA